UAACCUUGAAAUUGCGCAGUCCAUUAAACCACUUUUUUUUUUAUCUUCGGUGUAUUUUUAUCUUUAUAUAUCUUGCUUUUUUUACAUUGAUGACAGUGAUAGGUAUAUCGUUACUAACUCGAUACACAAUCUGGCUAUUUCGAAUUUAAUUCGAUGGUCCUGCGUUGAGAUGUUUUAACUAACUCUCCACCCAGGACCUUCGAGAGAGAUCAUCUCGGACAUCAGGGAUUGAGAGUAUCGUCUAAUACAGGGAAACCCUGGUUUACGUCCUGUUUGAAUUCUAAACAAGCCUCCGGACAACGGACAUGAAGAAGAUAUCCGAUGCUGUUAUCUCCAGGGAAAAGUUUGGCAAAAUAUUAUUGGAGAAUUCAUUAUGUUGCCCCAUUGGGUUAAGAAAGCACCCUGAGUCUUCAUGUUUCCUCUUCUCUGGACUGUACUUGCACUGCCACUUGUUCCCGCACCUGACGAUCGUCUUCUUAAUGCCUUUUGGUUUUGUUUGAAUUCUCGACAAGCCUCUGGACAACGGACAGGAAGAUAUCGUAGCUUCAAACUUCAAUUUGCCAAGCUGUUAUCCCUCUUUGAUAAAGGGUCGUAACUACUGAAGUCCAAAAAAACUAAAUGCAACCUAACAUAUGAUCGCAAUGAGCCGAUUAAAAACUGUCAUAUAAUGCGCGCUUUCCGUGAAAAAGGAAAAAGGUGUAAAUAACAAAAAAUUUAAAUUGUCAAUGAGGGUCAGAUCGGGCCAGAUCGAAUCGAAUUGAAUUGUAUUCCUAAAAGAACCCGGAAGUGAAAAUGCGCUGUUUACUUUAUCAGGCGUUACGCUUGCAUUUCACGCUUGUUUGGUUUAGCAGUGGAUUUCUCCGCGCUCUGAGACAAGUGACACGAGGCUGGGCAAAAGGGCCUUUUGAUUUUCGGUAUCCAAAAGUAUCUACCAGCAACCCUUACCGCUGACCACGGAGCAGAAUAAACUCUGGGCUUAAGAUUGAGUUCAUCCUUGGGUUUCGCUUUCAAAGCCAAGCUAAGCAUGAGUCGAUCUUGUGGCAUAACUUUGGUGGUGAAAGAUGGAAAGCAGUUCCAGGCUGACAGAAAUGUUCUGUCACGGGCGAGUCCAUUCUUUGAAAAGCUUCUCAGUAGCGACAUGAAAGAGAGUAAUGAAGGAGUUAUUCGACUACAGACGAUAACGGACUCACAGAUGGCGGACAUUCUGCAGUUUAUUUACAAUGGCAGCGUUCAGAUGACCUGUAAAGGAAAUGCAGAGAAGCUGAUCGAAACGGCAGAUUUUCUUCUCCUUUCAAAUCUUAAAACUAUUGCCGGCAAAUUUCUCGAGCAACACAUCACCACUGAGACCUGCAUUUCAAUGAACUACUUGGCGGAACAGUACUCAUGUGAAGAGCUAGUCGCGAGCACCCGGAAAUUCAUCAAUUCAAACUUUACCACCGUCACUGCUUCUAAAGAGUUUCUAAAUUUGCCAAGCCAUGCGGUUGAAAAAUGGAUUUCAAGUGAUGAGAUAGAAAUUGACGCCGAGGAAAACGUUUUUGAAAUCAUACUUAGAUGGAUUGAUCACGACAAAAGCGAACGAAGCGGAAAAUUCAGCGACUUGUUUAGUCAUGUACGACUUACUUGUGUAUCGCGCGACUAUUUACUGAGCCAUGUCGUGACUAAUGAUCUUGUAAAAGAAAAUGCAGACUGCCUCGACAGUGUGACAGGCGCAUUGGAAUGGUUUGAUCGGCCAACAGAUUGUGAUGUUCCGCGGCCACAUCCCCCUAGGAAGGCUUUAACGAUAAAUGGUAUCGUGAUCGCAGAUUGUCGUGGAGAACUGCAACCUUGCAUUUAUUUUCCAGCAGCAGAUGAGUGGUACCUUCUGCCAGCAACUGAAAGCCAGCGACUCAAUGCCAUGGAACACAUAUUUUCCUGUGGAGGCAAAGUUUUCUUUAUUGCUGAUGAUAUUGCCAGAUCGCACUGUUAUGACCCAGAUUUGAACCGCUGGUAUCCAGCGCCGUGGACAAACAACCUCCCAUUCUCCGCAGGAACACCUUUAGUUGUCGAAGACCGAAUCUGUUUCAUUGUAGAAGAAACUAGCUCGACCGCUCUUUGGACAUACAGCGUCGACUCCAAUUCGUUGACGCCAUUGCUAAACUGGGUUGAAAGAGCUCAUUUUUGCGCUGUGGCUGUGGACAGUUACAUAUACAUCAUGGGUGGAAGGGUGAAGAAUACUGGCGAAUCGGUCUCAGAAUGUGCAAGAUUCGACACUGAGCAAAAUAAAUGGCAAAAAAUAGCGCCUUUGAAUGAGGCGAGGCACAAUGCUUUUGGUGUCUGUAAAAAUGAAAAUAUUUUCAUUGCUGGAGGUUCGGUAAUGGAAGAGGGGGAACUAGAAUACCUGAGAACCUGUGAAGUUUAUAACAUAUUGACAGAUGAGUGGCAGUUCAUAGCCGAGGAGACACUUCGUCGAACUUUCGGGAGUAUGGUGUUGGUUGACGAAACUUUGUACGUGCUUGGUGGUCACCCAAAAGAACUCUGUGCAUGCUUAACCAAGAACUAUCGCGAUAAAGUUGAGUGCUAUAACCCUGAAAGUGAUCAAUGGAGCGUCAAGGCUACUGUUCCCGUUAACAAGAUGACAAGCGAGAAAAGAGCGAUGCGACGGUACGUUUUUCAAGGCUGUUCUCUUCGAGUUUUUAAAGGAGUUCUGACCAACCUGGAGUCUAUAGCUGAGAGUGACUAGUAUUCUGUUCGCCUCUCGCUUGCGAUAGAGAGAAACUCUGUACGAUGCUCAUUCGACAAUCUUGGAACGCCGUGUAUACUUUCGUUAAAUCGACUUUGUUCUUCCCACUUCAGCGUUACAUAUUCUGCGAUCUAACGACUUCAACGCCGAUUCAACAAUUCUAACUAAGUUAAGAUUACACUUUUCGUUUGAUACCUACAGAUAUCCACACCCAGACACGUGAGUCCGGUGUUGUGUUCAGAAAGUUGCAGCAUCUCUCAGUUCGUACAUCACGUUCUACACACGUUCGUGGGCACUAACUGCCUGUUUCGUGAGCUUAUUUGACAAUUUCAGUGAUAAUCUUUACCGAUUAAUCUUACAUGCCGCUUUACCUUUAAUUACACGAUUAAAUAACAAAGUUCGGCUUUUACGCGCGUCUUCGCGGUAAGACGCGGGCUUUAUUUAAUUUCGCUUCCGUUUCCGGCAAAGUUAUGGCCUCUUUAGUAGAAGGAAACGUCUGCAUUG